UUCCUUGGCUGUUGGUGUAUCUUCCGGUAAAAAGUUGCCAUGUUAUUUUGAAAGAUGAAGCUGGAACUUUUUCUCCUCCAACACUAAGCAGGACUGAAACCAAUAACUGGUGCAACUGGACCAUAUGGGCUGGUCCUCACAAGCAUAUCCUGAUUUACAUAGAAGGAUUUGAAGGAAAGUCCAACUGUGAAGAAAAUCAGGAUAGAAUCAUAUUCCAAGGGAUUUUGUCGAGUACUGAAAACAAAGUAACAUAUGCAUGUAGAAACCAUGGUACUCUGAUUUUUGCUACUCAAGCAGUAGCAGUCUAUGUAGUGUUUUUGUCAGAAGCUGCUUCUCAGAACCAAAGUCAUAAGCAUUUUAAAGGACGGUAUUAUAUAUUCAAAGAUUAUGUAAAUUCUACAAGUGGUGAAAAAUCGGUUUUGAAAUCUAACAGCAGUGUUGAAUUUUCCCCUAAGUCAUAUGUAUUGCAUUCAGGACAUAGUGUGAACUCUGAGGAGAGUAGCCAAAUGCUUGGCAAAGAAAAUCGUCUGCCUGUGACAAAUAAAAAGACUACCAAACCUGAGUUAGAAACAUUUUUAAAGCCAGCUGUUGGCACGCAUAUGAAUGUUUCUCUCUUGAAAUCAACAAAAAAGAUUAGCUUGAAUCCAUUUGAUAUGAAAACAAUGCAAGUUACAAAACCAUCUAUUGAUAAUAGAAGAACUUUGAAUGAAAGUCCUACACUAGUAUUAGUAUCAAAUGAUUUGGAGAAUAAGGAAGAAACCUUUACAUACAGGCCAGAUGUCUUUUCAGCCUCUCCUCACAUUACCCAGAAUCUCCGAAUGAUGACAAAAUUGGAAGUGGCAAAAAAUCUUGGAGCUGUCACUGAAUCUCUCAACCCUCAAAAUGACGGCCAUACAGCCACAGAUUGGACGACAAUACACAUGAGAAGUACUGGAGGGGAAAUCAAGAAUACCGUUACUUUUCCUCAAGUCUCCUUGGAAGAACAAGGAACUCCACGCCAGUCUCCUAAAAGUAUCCCACCAAAGUUGCAGGAACAAAUGCUUCAAAUGCUGCUUUCUAAUUCUGGGGCCUCUAAGAAAAAUGUAGAUCUAAUGGAAUCUCCACAACACUCGGAACAGACAAAAAUAGAUAAAGGAGAGCAGAUGGACAAUCAAAUCUAUAGAGCAGAGAAUGGUAACAUUGCUGUGCAAAUAACUGAAUCUGAAGGGAUUAUGGCAAGCCCCCCCAAGUCUACUAUGAAAACCAAAUUCCAUCAGGCCACCACUUUAGCCUCUACUGAUGUGCGCCAUGCUCCUUCUCUGAGGUCAUUUAAUGAUAAUUGGAUGGGUACUUUCACAACGGUGAAUCCCCAAGUUAUGUCUUCAAAUUGCCUGAGGAGAACUCAGAUAAACACAGCUUUUACUACACAAUACAAGAAGCUGAUAACCAAGUAUAGAGAGCGUUUGCAAAAGAAGCAGACCAAAGCAAGUCCUUCCUAUUCCCCUUCUGGCUGGUUGCCAACCACUAGCACUCUCUUGAAAGUAAAAAAUAAGUCCUCCAAUGGGGAUCCUUUAUUCAGGUCUCAUGAAAAUUAUUCUGUAUUGGACUCUCAGCACAAUCCUGGAGACCUUUUAUUUGAAAUAGUUUUUGGAAUAGAGCAUAAAGGACAACUCCCACCUGUUGGAAGCACUCUGGAAAAAGCCUUCAUAGGUUCCAUUAAGCAUAAGGUACAAGAGAAAAUGAAACUCUUCUCAAACAAAAUCAAAGAAUUCAAGUUAAAGGAAAUUAUGAGAAAAGAAGAAACUGAAAUGGACAGACAAAAUGGCCCAAGCCUCGUAUUUAGGUUCUGGCUGCAUCUAACUUCAGAAGAAGAGAACAUAUCUCACUUACUGCAUUUUCAACUGGAAGACCUUGGUGGUGCAUUUGUGGGAGCUGGCAAGGUCCAAACUGUUUUGGUGAGAGAUGUGAAUGAAUGCAGCUCUGGAAUUGGCUUAUGUGGCAAUGAGGCAAUUUGUCUCAAUGGAUAUGGAACAUAUUUCUGUCAGUGUAAAGAAGAGUACGAGGACCGUUCUCUGACAAAAUCGGGUACUCUGUGUGUUCGUAACCCACGGUCAGGUUUGGGCUCCUUGUACAGCUACACUGAGAUUAUUGUAGGAAUCACUGUUUUUUUCAUCACUGUCCUCGUAGUGGUGAUCAGUGUGCUGUGUACUAUCAUAAAGAAGAGACGUAUUAAAAAGGAUAUGCACUUCCGAGCGGCUGCUUUGCCCGGGAUGCCAGCAGAGCCCCAACUGCAACCAACAGCCUUUGAUCAUAAUAACAUCCGCCAUCUCCUUACUCUAGACCCUGCCCAGUUAAAGGUCAGAGCCAAACUACCAGAAUGGCCCCUGCAGUUGAGAACUAGCCCCAGCGAAACAUACAGAGUAUCUAUUGAGCAGUCUGAAUGCUUGUGAAAAAUAAAAAGGAAAAGGAAAAAAGAAAAUGCCAUGUACAUUGCAGUUAAACCCCUCCCUCCACCCCCAUUUCAUAUUAAACUUUCCUUUGUUGUGGUUGAGCGGAUGCAACUUUUCAUUUCUUGAUCAAUCUUACAUAAAUUAUUACCCCUUUCCUCCUGUAUCUAUCUCCUCUUUAUCUUGAUGGAAAUAUAAUGCUUGGAAAUGUAUUUUUCUCUUCAGAUUUUUGAAUACUGAAUUG